GCAAUCCACUCAGCGUCCGUCAGCCGCAGUCCAGUCGGAGUCGUGUGGUUUGUGAUGUUGGUGGUACAAGGAGUUGAGUGGGUCCGAGUCUGGCAGUUCAAUAGGUCGACUAAAUGCGUGUAGCAAUACGGAUUCGCGUUGGUCAUCAGUAUUUCAAGGCCAAGACUUGCGCAUUGUGUUUGGCACAAUACAUGUGGCAUGAGAAACAGCCACUCAAUCUUACUAUGCGCAGCCUGUGUUGGAUACGAUCCGUCAAAUGGUAAAAGUAACCAUGCACGACCGGUGUCACGUCCGUGCUGUGUUUCCCCCCAUAUCUAAUCAGCAGAUCUAAAGAAGUUACAUCAGGACUAUAGUGCCAUUGGUUUGAACGAUGACACUUAUUUACCACAUGAUCACGAAGUGUGAAAUUUUUAUCUGAAUGAAAUACAGCGCUAUGGUUCCCGCGGAUGUGCGCGGAGUCCAGACUGACAGCUCGCACAAUGCCGAGGCAAAACGCUGGCCUUGUGAUGGUUCAGUGUGGAGCUUGCGUUCGGAGCAGCCCACGCCCAGCUGUGAGAGCAGCACCUUGGAUGUGCUCAAGCUGGAUACUGAUGAGCUUGCUAACCAGUUAACGCUCCUAGAUGUGCAAGUGUUCUUGAAAGUUCACCCACAGGAGCUGGCUGGCUGUGGCUGGAACAGGCGAGAAAAGGUUCAGCUAGCUCCUAAUGUUGUUGCUCUGACUGGCCGAUUCAACCAUGUGAGCUUGUGGGUGGUGCAGUCAGUGUUGUGCGAGCGGUCGGUUGGACGACGGGCGGAGCUGCUGGGCUAUUUUGUGCGGCUGGCUCAGCAGCUGCAGCAGUUGGGCAACCUGCAUGGUGCUUGCGCCAUCGUUUCAGCCCUGCAGAGUGCUCCACUUUUUCGGCUCACCAAGACCUGGGCACAGGUGGGCCGUCGUGAGCGCCAGCUGCUGCAACGGCUUGCUUCCCUUUUUUCGGAAGAGGAUAACUUUGGUUCCCAGCGGAGUCGGCUGCGGAGUGCUCUGGCUCGUGGCAGCCCUUUUGUGCCACAUCUGGGACCCUACUUGCGAGACUUGCUCCACAUGGAACUUUGUGCUCCCCAGAAUGAUCGAGGCGCAGCAAAUGUCUCCCUUCUGGGCUGCUUGGGUGCUCUACAGAGCUCCUGCCAGCGCUUCGCUCUGAACCCAAACGCAAGCCUCCAGGCACAACUUAUGCAGCCCUUCUACCUUGAAGAACUACAGAAGUUCCUUCAGGAAGAUUCAUACCGAGAGUCUCUGCGUCUGGAGCCCCCUGGGCGACAAGCAAGUUUGACACUGCUGGCACCGCCAUCAGAACCCAGUCCACCUUCAGGAAGUGCCAACAGGCCUCCUCGCUUCAUUCCUGGUCAUAGAAAAGCUCGCAGCUUAGGAACUAAUGUGUUGCUGAGUGGCCCAUCAACCACAAGCAAUGGAUGGGGGGAUGCUGCAGCCCCUGAGCAGAAGGGUCGCCUGCUGCUGGAUGACAGUGUGGCUGAAGGUGCCGGCACUGUUCUGUGGCGGCCAGCAGCCCUGGAGCUUUGGGAGCCUCCGGCACCACUCUAUGGGUGGGAGGAAGAGCUGGCCACUCAGCCAGCUAGCUGCCAGGGUUGUGUGCGCAGAAAAACUCUUCUUAAAGAUGGUCGUCGACCUGCUAUGUCUUCAUGGCUGCGCUACUGGGUGGAGCUGCGGGGAAACUCCUUAGUCUUCUACUCUCCCAAGUCACUGCUGGCCAAAGAGCGCUCCGAUUUCAAGCGUCAACCCUGUAAGCAGAGCUGCAUUGCGGGCUGGGUGGUGCUCGCCUGCCCAGAGUCGGACUCCUUCCAGUUGUUGGACCCUGCUCGAGGAAGUCGUUACAAGUUCCGGCCAGCUGUGGGCAGCUCAGCCCAUGAUUGGUGUGCCUGUCUAAGUGCUUCUGCUGGCACAACACUCUAGACAGCUCCUGAGGUGUGCAAUGAAUGCUGGUGGAUGCAUUAAGCCAGUGCUAUCAGCCGCCACUGUAUUAUACUGAAAAGUAUCAUAAAUUAUUUUGAUACUA